AUGUUCGUGCUCUUCUGUUUACUGUGUCCGAGCCUCGCCGCGCCGUUCGACAACGCUACGAGCACGUUCGUCGAGCGAUGCCGCGUCGAUUGUGGCCUAAAGAAGGAUUUCCCGAGCUGCGGCAAAUACAGGAUCGUUAGGUGGUUGCACGACGUCGUUAGGGAGAAGGAGUUCACUUACGGCCCGUUCCGUCUAGUGAGGAUACCGUCCAUGACUGGUCACACGAUACUACCGAAAUUGCCUCAGUCCCGUGUGUUUAAGAGCGACGCAGUCGCGGCCUUGAACUUCGUCAGGGACGCGGUCGAGGACUUGCUAACGAAACGAGCGAUUGUUUACACGAUCGACAACUCCGUGACUGGGAGGGGCUUCGGUACCAUGCCCAUGGUCAUGGACGAGGAUGAAUUAGCGGAAUGGCAGAGCAGAAAACAGCCGGCAGAUAACGGGCGGCUCUUCAAGAAGAAGAAAUCCAUGAUCGUACUGCUGAAUCUAUUGAAACUGAAGCUGCUGCUGCUGCCGAUAUUCUUGGGCGUGCAUUUCAUCAAGAAAUUGUUGCUACUUGCUUCGUUGUUGGCGCCCUCUAUACUGGCGCAUCUGAAGAUCUGCAAGGUCCCUCAGCCUCAUCAGCAGUCCUACCCGUAUCACACGUGGGCUACGGCUGCUGAGGCGCCGGCCGACUAUCCGACAGGUUAUGGACAGGAAGAGGCCUGGGCUCACAGGAACGAUCUAGCGUACUAUGGCCAUCAUGGUUACCGCAACCCCUACGGAUGA